CUGAAAAGAAACUGAAAAUAAAAGGACAAUUCUGCCUUCUGUACGGUUAAAGAAAGAGACGAGACGGAUAAGCAGUCAAGAAAUUCUCUGCUAGACAGAAGAUAUGCAUUUUUGUUUUUUUGUUUUUGAUUGUUAGAAUAAAAUGUUGAAGUAGCUAAAAUACCAAAUCCUAUAAACAAUUACAACAUUUCAGUGGCCAGUGGCAAUGCUAUUGCUAUUACACAUUUUGAACUUUGUUGGAAUUAAUUAUGCCCUCAAUGGAGAAAGAAGCAUUGAAAACACAUCUUUUCCUAUAGCAACAAAUGGACAGCCAUUUCCGUGGAAUAAAUUAAGGCUCCCUGGUUGGAUCCUCCCAGUCCAUUAUGACCUUCUAAUUCACCCGAAUCUGACUUCAUUAAUAUUCAUGGGAUCUGUGAAGAUUGAAGUCACUGUGGUACAUGAAACUAGCACCAUAGUCUUACAUAGCAAACAUCUGGAAAUCACCAGUGUAGCUAUUGAGGAGGAAAAUGGAAAGACCCAAGCAGAUUUAAAACAAAUGAAAGUUUUGGAAUACCCGCCCCAUGAGCAAAUUGCCUUUCUAUAUGCUGAACCAUUGCUGGUGGAUAAGAAGUAUUUCCUCUCUAUAAACUAUAUUGCCAAUCUUUCAGACGGUUUCUAUGGCUUUUAUAAAAGUACUUACAAAACUAAGGAUGGUCAAACAAGAUUGUUGGCUUCUACUCAUUUUGAACCUACUUCAGCCCGCAUGGCAUUCCCAUGUUUUGACGAACCAUCCUUUAAGGCAAAUUAUACAAUAAAGAUUCGGAGGGAUGGGCAACAUAGUGCACUAUCUAAUAUGCCAAAGGUAAAGACUCUAAAGCUAGACAACAACCUGUUUGAAGAUCACUUUGCAGAGAGUGUAAAAAUGAGUACCUACUUGGUAGCAUUUAUAGUUAGUGAUUUCCAGUCAGUCAGUCGUACAACUUCAUCUGGAAUUAAGGUGUCAGUAUAUGUCACUCCAGAGAAACUGAAUCAAGCUCAUUAUGCACUGGAAGCUGCCAUAAAGAUAUUGCAAUUCUAUGAGCAAUAUUUUGGUAUCUAUUACCCUCUCCCAAAACAAGAUCUUGUUGCUGUCCCUGACUUUCAGUCAGGAGCCAUGGAGAACUGGGGCCUGACCACAUACAGAGAGACUUCUCUGCUUUAUGAUCCUGAGACUUCUUCAGCUUCUGACAAACUUUGGGUUACCAUGGUGAUAGGACAUGAACUUGCUCAUCAGUGGUUCGGUAAUCUUGUUACCAUGGAAUGGUGGAAUGACAUCUGGCUGAAUGAAGGGUUUGCUCGAUACAUGGAAUUUAUAUCUGUUGAUGCCACAUACCCAGAGUUGCAAGUGAAUGAUUAUUUGUUAGGUACCUGCUUUGCAGCAAUGGGAAGAGACUCUAUGAACUCAUCCCGCCCCAUAUCUUCAAAAGCAGAAAACCCAACACAGAUCAAGGAAAUGUUUGAUACUGUGUCAUAUGACAAGGGGGCUUGCAUUCUGCACAUGCUGCGGAACUUUCUGACUGAAGAGGUGUUCCAGAAUGGAAUAAUUCAUUACUUAAAGAAACACAGUUAUAGUAAUGCAAAGAAUAAUGAUCUCUGGACCAGCUUGGCUAAUACAUGUUCAGAAGAGGACUUUACUUCUGGUAAAUUUUGUUACAGCAAAAGUCAGGUGGCUAAGAAUGCACAUAUCUAUUAUGUUGAUGAACAUUUUGAUAUCGCAGAGAUAAUGAACACAUGGACACUCCAGAAAGGAAUUCCAUUGAUUAUUGUCGAACAAAAUCAGAAGAGAAUUAAAAUAAGACAAGAACGCUUCUUGAAAGGCAUUUUCCCACAUGAUCCUCAAUGGGCCUCAAUGCAGAUUGGCUUCCUCUGGCAUGUUCCCUUGACAUACAUCACAAGCCACUCCAAAACUAUUGGAAGACAUUUACUGAAGAACCACUCAGAUACCAUAGAACUGGAAGAAGAUGUCAAUUGGGUAAAAUUCAAUGUGGACAUGAAUGGCUAUUACAUUGUGCACUACGAAGGGAAUGGAUGGGACACAAUCAUUAAACUGUUGAAUCAGAACCACACGCUGUUCAGCUACAAGGACCGAGCCAACCUGAUCCACAAUGCAUUUCAGCUAGUCAGUGCAGGAAGGCUAUCACUGGAUAGAGCUCUUGAUCUGACGCAAUAUCUCCAACAUGAAUCCAGUAACAUAGUACUUCUGCAAGGCCUGGGUUACCUGGCAGGGAUCUAUCGCAUGAUGGAGAGAAGAAAUAUUUCCGAUGUCACAGAAAGCCUCAAGCGGUACAUUCUGCAGCAUUUUAAGCUGGUGAUUGACAGGCAGACCUGGAGUGAUGAGGGCUCCAUCUCUGAUAGAAUGCUACGUUCUGCUGUCCUCGAGCUUGCGUGUGACCUGCAAUAUCCUCCCUGUGUCCAGAAGGCAAAUGAGCUUUUCAGCAAGUGGAUGGAAUCGGGUGGAAAUUUAAUUAACGUUCCUUCUGAUGUCCUGGAGACUGUGUAUUCUGUUGGAUCUAAAACAGCUGAUGGCUGGAAUUUUCUUUUGGAGAGAUAUAAAGUGUCCAUGUCUGGUGCUGAACAGGGAAAGAUCUGUUCAGCUUUGGCAAGCUGCAAACAUGGUGCAAAACUAACAAGGUUGCUGGAGCUUGCAAUGGAGGGACAUAUUAUCAAGACUCAAGAUCUGUCAUCAGUUAUCUAUAGUGUCAGCACAAAUCCAGCUGGACAACAUCUUGCAUGGAAGUUUGUAAAGAAAAAUUGGAGCAAACUGCUAGAAAAAUUUCCUCUGGGGUCCUUCUCAAUCAGAACGAUUAUAAUUGGAGCAACAGCACAGUUUUCUUCAAAACAAGAGCUGGAAGAGGUGAAGUUGUUUUUUGAAUCUGUAAAGGAGGAAGUGUCACAGCUGAGAGCACCCCAGAUUGCCGUGGAGAAUAUUGAGAAGAAUAUAAAAUGGCUGGAGAGAAAUUUAGUUACAUUAACAAAAUGGAUAUUAGAGAAUCUUAAGUAA